GUGAAAAAGGUAGAAAAGGUUUGAUGACAACAACCCAAACAAACUUAAUUACUUUCGCUGAAAUAUUUCUUUUGAUCAUUGAAAGAUAAGACCUUAGAUCAUGCCAAAGAAAGGAAAGAAAGGUGGGAAGAAAGGUAAAAAGAAGGGAAAGAAGAAGGCAAAGGGACCUGCCAAUGCUGACCAGAUCAUUCAGAGGUUACUCAAGUGCUAUGAGAGAAACUGUUUAAACACAGACUCGAGAAUGUGUCCAAGGAUAGCAGCUGCUCUAAGGGGCUGUAUGGAAAGCAAUGGAAUUCUAUCCCAGUUUAUCCUUGAGCCUGUAGAAGUUGAAAAGGAAGGCGAUAUCCCUGUGUUGAUUGAACCUCUGUUGGCUAGCUUGAGACAGGAGAGGUAUACACACAUCAAGGACCUGUACAUCUGGAGAUAUCCAAUGUCAUAUGAGAACACAGCCACUCUGGCUCUACUGCUGGAGAAACCUUUCUACCCUAUCAAGAUGCUAGAAGUGAUGGACUGUCUUCUGGAACCAUACUCCAUUGAGCGACUAUCCCGCUCAUUUAAUUUAGCUGAAAACCUCACAAAGAUAAACUUGGACUACAACGAGUUUGGUGAUGAGGGAUGUAGAAACUUUUGUAAGGGUCUAGAGAAUAACACCACAAUGUUGUCAGUGAGUCUGUGUUUCUGUGACCUUGGUGUGCCCAGUGGUGCCAGCCUGGGAAAGAUGGUCUCGACUACGGCUGUAAGGGACCUUUACCUAGAUGGUAACAACCUGAAGUGUGAGGGUGCCAUGGAGCUGAUAAACCUGUGUGUGGAGCAGGCUGAGAUUGAGGCUCUUCAGAGGGCAGAGGAGGCCAAGAGAAAACAUGAGGAAGAGGAGGCCCUUAAAACUGCAGUCAUGAAUGGAGAAAGUAUAGAUGAAAAUGCGAAGGAGACAAAGCUUCGCUACACGGGAGACAGCGGGACGGAGGCAGGUGCAAAGGCAUCAGACAAUGAGGGGGGCAAGGAAGACAAGGGCAAGAAGAAGAAAAAAGGUAAAAAGAAGAAAAAGAAGAAGGAACCACCUCCACCCCCUCGUGUCGGCCCCUGGAUUCACAAGCUUCAUCUUGCAGACAACGCAAUAGACAACCUUGCCUUCGGGGAACAGUUUGCUCCUGUCAUAUGUAUGAGGCAGUUUAAAAAGUUGUUGAUGCACAGUGACUGUAUUGAGGAGCUGGACUUGGAGGACAACUGGAUCGGGGACAUGGCAGGGCGGGAAAUACUGGAGGCCCUGGAACACAGGAAAGAUGAAAAAAUGGGUGGGGUGAAGAUGAGGACAACCCACAAACUAAGUGCGGACGUGUUUAACAGUAUAGUCAAACUUGGCACAGGGCUGAAGAAGAAGAAGAAGAAAGGGAAAAAGAAAAAGAAAAAGUAGCACUCUUAGACAAUGUGACCAAGAGAAAACCAGAACUUACUGGAUAUACACAAGCCUUUGUGUACAUGAGGAACAGUACAGGGGACAAGUGGAACACAUGGGAGUAGUUCUGUAUAGUAUUACAUACAUGUUUUAUUCCUGGAUGGCUGCCCUAUAAAGAGUAUUUGUAUUGAAAUAUGUAAUGGAAAGUUAGAAAGGGAUUAAAUCUUAGUGUGCAAAUACCUGGCAACUAUUCAGAACAUUGAUCUGCUUUGUACUAUGUACUUUAGUUAUGUACUGCAAUAUGUUAAGCAGCACAUUAUUGAUUUAUUGAACAAUGAAUUUUGAUUUACUUGCUGUUAAUCAUGUGCUAUAAAGAUUUGCAAUUUCCUGACGAGUUUUGUUGUGAAUCAUGUAUUAUUAACAUGCAUCUUUUAUAGACCAGAAGCCUCAUUGUCCGAAAAGAAAUGAUUGUGCAAGGUUGUAUUUCUUUCUGAACUCUAAAAAG